AUGCGUCUCGGUUGCCUCCUCCUCAUCGCAGCAACGGGUCUCUUGGCGAUCGGUGAUACCGCUGCUAUCUCGGAGUCAACGCUAGCAUACCCGGGCCACGAGCUCAUUGAAAAUAGGAAGCGCGCUCUCCGUAGUACACAGUAUGAGAAGGGCGGAGAGGAUGGCAGUGACGACCUCGAGUCCAGCAAGGAUGCUGCCGACUCGGACGACGAAGAAGAGAGAGACCUCAUCAUUUCGACGAUCAACCGACCCAAGUACUGGCGUUGGUUCCAUGCCGGAAUGACGCCCUACACGGUCAAGGAGGUGCUGGGGCUUACUGGAGUCAGGCGUCUCUGGAAGCCUAUCAAGAGGCGCGAGUACGAGGGCUAUGUCGUGUUCUACGAUGAACACUGCCGUAUGCCCAAAUACAAAAGCUUUUGCCGGGCACACGCGGGCGUGUAA